CCCUCCUGCCUCGAGCCGCCCUCCUGCCUUGAGCCGCCCAGCGCCCUGUGCCCGGGCAGUUUUUGUGUUUCUUGUAGCUCUUGAGGAAGCUGCCUGCCCUUUCUGCUGUGAGAAGAUGUCGUAUGGGUCCAUCACCAGCGGAGGUGGCCUGGGGACCCGUGGACCUUUCAGGGGAUCCUCAAGGCAAGGCUGUCAGCCUCCAGGACUAGGCGCUGCCUCCAAGGGCCGCCGGACCCUGGAGCCCGCCUCACCCCCUGCCUCUGGUCCAAGGAAGGACCCUGCUGUGGGGCCCCCUGGCCGGAGGGCGGGACCCAGUGCCAGCCGGGCCAAGAAGAGGAAGCCCAACUUCUGCCUGCAGGAGACGGAGGUGCUGGUGUCCAAGGUCAGCAAGCACCACCAGCUGCUGUUUGGUACGGGGCUGAUGAAGGCCGAGGCCACCCGUAGGUACCGCGUGUGGAGCCGCAUCCUGCAGGCCGUGAAUGCUCUGGGCUACUGCCGCCGUGACGUCGUUGACUUGAAGCACAAGUGGCGGGAUCUGCGUGCUGUUGUGCGGCGCAAGCUGGGCGACCUCCAGAAGGCCACGCCUGAUCCUGGCCUGGGCUCCGGGAAGCCACAGGCCUUGGCCCUCACACCUGUGGAGCAGGCAGUGGCCAAGACCUUCUCCUGCCCAGCCCUGCCUGCCGAGGGCAUUGGCCUCGAGCUGCCCAAAGCCACACAGGUUGUUCCUUGUGACCUCCAGGAGCUGUGCCAGGAGACCUCAGCCAGUGUCUUCCAAAUCCACUCCAACGUGACCUCCUUGGAGAGGAGCCUCCGGUCCUUGGGGACACCGAGUGACACACAGGAGCUUCGGGAUAGCCUGCACACGAUGCAGCAGGAGACCAACAGAGCCGUGUCAGCCAGUGCUGGUGCCUUGAAGCAGACGUCAGAGCUCCUGCGGGGCUCCUGUCUGCAGGAGCGCCUUCAGCUGGACCGGCUGAAGAUCCAGCUAGCAGAUGCCAUUCAGCGGUACGGAGUGGUCCAAAAGAAAAUUGCAGAAAAGUCCAGAGCAUUGCUUCCCACAGCUCAGAGGGGCAUCAAACAGCAGAGUCCCCAGUCCCCCUUUGUGGAGCUGGCUGAUGAUGAGAAGAUCUUUAACGGCGGUGACCACACGUGGCAGGGCCAGGAGCAGGCUCUGCUUCCAGACGUCACCGAGGAGGACUUGGAGGCCAUCCGGCUGCGAGAAGAAGCCAUCCUGCAGGUGGAGAGCAAUUUGCUGGACGUGAACCAGAUCAUCAAGGACUUGGCCUCCAUGGCGUCGGAGCAAGGAGAUGCCACUGGGUCCAGCAGCAGGAAGGCCACCAGCCGGCAGACCUCCAGCCCCGAGCCAGCAGAGGCAGCCCUGCUACCAGGGGUGGGGCUGGGCACCACACCCCUGCGGCCCAGCAGCCACUCCCGCACCAAGACACGCAAACCCAACUUCAGUCCCCAGGAGACAGAGGUGCUGGUGCGGAGGGUGGCACGCCACUACCCACUGCUGUUCGGGGCACUGCGGAGCACACCUGCUCGGAAGCACCACGUGUGGAGCAGGAUCCUACAGGCUGUGAAUGCGCUGGGCUACUGCCGCCGUGACCUGGGUGACCUCAAGCACAAAUGGAGGGACCUACGAGGGGCCGUGCGCAAGAAACUGGCAGAGAGUCCGGCUCCUGGAUUGGUCCUCACACCUGUGGAACGCAUGGUGGCCGAGACCUUCUCGACCCCAGCCUCCCAGGGCAAGAGCCAGGCAACAACCGACGAGGAAGACGAGGAUGAAACUGCCAGCUGCCUGUGGCGACCCCUGAGGACCCCGGAAGGGCCCAGUCCACCUGAACCUGACCCCCUGGACUUCCGAGGAGCUCUCCGUGCAUCCACCUCCUCACCCUCCCUGCCUGCCUCCCUGGCAUCUGUGCCCCCAGGGACCGCGGGCAUGGGUUCCUUUGGGCCCUCCCCACCUUCCUCAGCACCAGCAUCCACGCUGCCCCUGCCCUCCGGGAGGACCCUGUCCACAGCGUCUGAGGCCUCCGUGUUUGAGCAGCAGCUGCUGGACUCCCACCUGCGGCAGGGUGCCCUGCUGGCCUCCUGGUCGCAGCAGCAGGGUGCGCUGAUGGCCCAGCAGAACCUGCUGCUGCAGCGGCUGGUGGAGCAGAGCCAGCGGCUGGCUGAUGGUGUCGAGGCCCUCAGCCGGACCCUGGAGCGGCUAGUGGCAGUGCGCCCAGCCCAGGAGGGCUCACCCUCCAUCCUAGAAGGUACCCCUGCUGGUGGAGGGGCCUGUGGACCCACCAGAGGCCCCCAGGACAGUCCCCAGGGUGCCCACCCAGGCCCAGAGGUCUUCUCAGGGAUGAUCCUAAAGGUGGAGGAAGAGCUGUAGGACUGGCCCAGGGACCCCUUUGGCACCAGGCCAGGGAGAGGACAAGGACUGCAGGAAGCCUGGAGAGGGUGUGGGGCAUCUCCCCACGUGCCUUUCCGUCCCUGGCCUUGGGUGGGUGUGGCAACCUGCCAGUCUGGCCUCAGCACCAACCUGCUGGGCCAGGCCUGGGCUACUCAGGACAGUGGCAGUGAGUCUGACCUCCCACUGCCAACUCCCACUUGAGCCCCCUGGGCCAGUGGCUGCAGUUGGCUGCAGGUCACCUCUGCAGGCCUGCACCAGUGGGAGGUGGGGAAAAGACGCUCAGCCUGGGGCCUCGGAGCCCUGGGGAGUGGGGACUUGGCAGCUGCACGGGCUCAGAGGGCCCGGGCUCGACUCCUUGGUUCUGGUUCAGGGGAGCCAUGUCCAUGAGCCUGGAGUUAUUUCUCUUCAAUUUUAUAUCAAUGUCAUAAAUACAUA